CAUCUGAAAAUAAUGUCAAAUUGAUAUCUAGACGAAAGAUUCAAAUUUCAGAGUACCACGUAAAUUCCCGUAGAAAUGAUAGUAAUUCUCAUAACCCUCCUCAUAUCCAUCGCACUGUUCAUCGUUGGUGUCCUGCUCAUCUCCUCUAAUGAAUAUGAAAAUAUCAAAAACAAUCUUAGGAAUAGGAUAUCGGAAUUCUCUUUGCAGAAUUCGAACGGUCAGAUUCUGUCAUCGCUGGAAGACUUGGACGGUAAACUGGAAACCCUGAAGAAUAAACUGGAGGAAAAAAAGAGAGAAGUGGAGGAUUCCAAAUCGGAAGUGUACAGGACAACGGAAAAAAUUCAAGCCCUGAACGAAACGUCAAAACAGGUGAAAUUAUAUUAUACAGGAUUGAAACAAGACAUCCUGAAAUCGGAACAGGAUUGUAGAAAUCUCUACCAACAGAUAGAAGAAUACAAAAGUAGGCAAAACAAUCUCAGGAAAGAAGUACAAGAAAAUAUCAGAUACUAUUAUGAUCUUCUCAACGCGAUUCAGAAUUGCAGAUUUCUGGAGAGGAAGGACAUAUUGAAAGCAUUGCCGAGCAGGGAGUGUUUCAAGUCCUGAAAAUAUCUCGAAGGUUCGCCUUGGAAAAAAUUUGGCCUGAAAUAUUGAAAAAUGUGACGUUAUAUUUUAGUAUGAUCUGUGGGUGAUUCCUGUACUUAUGUUCUUGUCCAAAUAUGACAGACGUUCAUCAAAACUUC